GAACUAUGGGGCUGUGCUGUUGAAAGAUGGUAUGUUGUUGAGUUAAUUAUGUCGUGUGCAAGUCUUAUAGAGAGAGAAUUUUUUUAACUUGAUAUGUCUUAUUUUUCUGAAUCUGUUUGUAACCAGGCCUCAACCGUGUGUAUGCCUGUGAAAUUUGCUGCACUAUGCAGCAAGUUGAAUGAGGAACAGAAGGGUGUUGUCAAAGUAAUAGGAUUUGAAAGCUUGCUUAGUAUACCUGCGAUGCCUAUUCAACAUAUUCUUCUUGAGGACCUUGCUGAAAAGUACAAUGAAGUAGAUAGGAGCUUUAGAAUACACGACCAUGUGGUUCCUAUUUCUACGUGGGAUGUGUAUUGCAUCUUAGGUCUAGUUGACGUAGGAGAUAAGAUUGAAAUUAGUACAAAGAAAGCCGAUCCUAGAUGGUUUAAUUUGUAUAAAGGGAGAGAUGAUACAGCAAUCACUUUCAAACACUUGGAAGAACGAAUAGGGAGCGGCACAGCUGAUGACCACUUUGCUAGAAUGUUUGUGAUGUAUACGAUAGGAACAGUUUUGGCACCUAGUUCAAAGGAAUAUGUGAGCAGUAGGUAUGUAGAUCUUGUACCAGAUAUUUCAAAAAUCAAAGGCUACAAUUGGGCGCAGUUCACAUUAGAGUAUUUGAUUGAUCACUUGGCACUUUUCAAGAAGAACAAAAGAACAGGUCUUGUUGGAAAUUUGGCGUUUCUGCAGGUUUGGUUCUUUGAACAUUUUCAAGCGGCUGGCGAUUGCUUUGAUUAUGCACGCCAUGAGCAUCCUCUGAUUAAAAAUUGGGGUGGAAACAAGGUUGUGAAGCGGGCACAUCUUGAAGGGAUAAAGAAAUUUGGUGCUGAAAAGGUAGUUAUUAGGUUGCAACUCAAUGAUUCUGAAGCGCGUACUGAUUCUGAUCAUUUGGAGGAGGAGAUUGGUGAGGGAUCUUCUGACGGAAUGAAUAGUGACUAUUUCGAAAAUGUGGAUUUCACUGACAAUGGUGAAAAGGAGGAAAAAAAAUUGGAUGGCUCGAAUGAUGAUGAGAAAGGUGACGGAUGCCUAAGAGAGGUGCCAAUUUGAUUAUGUUGAAAUGAGCGCUUCACAAUAAUAUAUACCC